AUGGGCGCGCCGGCCCGGGCGCUGCUGCUGCUGCCGCUGCUCCUGCGCGCGGCCCCGGUGCUGGCCCCCGCGCCCUUCAGGCUGCCCCUCCGGGUGGCUGCGGCCACGAGCGGCCGAGCUGCGCCCAGCCCGCGACCCGGGACCCCUGCCGCGCCCCGCGCCGACGGCCUGGCGCUCGCCCUGGAGCCCGCGGGGGGCGCCGCUAACUUCUUGGCCAUGGUGGACAACCUGCAGGGGGACUCUGGCCGCGGCUACUACCUGGAGAUGCUGAUCGGGACCCCCCCGCAGGAGCUGCAGAUCCUCGUGGACACGGGGAGCAGUAACUUCGCCGUGGCAGGGGCUCCACAUCCCUACGUGGACUCCUACUUUGACGUGGAGAGGUCCAGUACCUACCGCCCCAAGGGCUUUGACGUCACCGUGAAGUACACCCAGGGGAGCUGGACGGGCGUCGUGGGCGAGGACUUCGUCACCAUCCCCAAGGGCUUCAACGCGUCCUUUCUCGUCAACGUCGCCACUAUCUUUGAGUCGGAGAGUUUCUUUCUGCCUGGGAUUAAGUGGAACGGAAUACUCGGACUCGCGUACGCCACGCUGGCCAAGCCCUCCAGCUCCCUGGAGACGUUCUUUGACUCCCUGGUGGCGCAGGCGAGAAUCCCCGACGUGUUCUCCAUGCAGAUGUGCGGGGCGGGCCUGCCCGUGGCCGGAUCCGGUACCAACGGAGGUAGUCUUGUCCUGGGUGGAAUUGAACCGAGUCUGUACAAAGGGGACAUCUGGUACACCCCGAUUAAGGAGGAGUGGUACUACCAGAUAGAAAUCCUGAAGCUGGAGAUUGGGGGCCAGAGCCUGAACCUGGACUGCAGAGAGUACAACGCAGACAAGGCCAUCGUGGACAGCGGCACCACCCUGCUGCGCCUGCCACAGAAGGUGUUUGAUGCCGUGGUGGAAGGCGUGGCUCGCACGUCUCUGAUUCCAGAAUUCUCGGACGGCUUCUGGACGGGGUCCCAGCUGGCGUGCUGGACGAACUCGGAGACGCCCUGGUCCUACUUCCCCAAGAUUUCCAUCUACCUGAGGGACGAGAACUCCAGCCGCUCCUUUCGCAUCACCAUUCUGCCGCAGCUCUACAUCCAGCCCAUGGUGGGGGCCGGCCUGAACUAUGAAUGCUACAGAUUCGGCAUCUCCCCCUCCACCAACGCGCUGGUGAUCGGCGCCACCGUCAUGGAGGGCUUCUACGUCGUCUUUGACCGAGCUCGGAGGAGGGUGGGCUUCGCGGCCAGCUCCUGCGCAGAAAUCGCGGGUGCUCCGGUGUCGGAAAUCUCUGGGCCGUUCUCGACGGACGACUUGGCCAGCAGCUGCGUCCCGGCCCAGUCUCCGCAGGAGCCCACCUUGUGGAUCAUCUCCUACGCGCUCAUGAGCGUGUGUGGGGCCAUCCUCCUCACCCUCAUCACACUGCUGCUGCUCCCACUGCGGUGUCGGCACGGCGCCCGGGACCCCGAGCUGGUCAACGACGAAUCCUCCCUCGUCAGGCACCGCUGGAAAUGAGGUGCCCAGCCCAGCGCGCACUCCAAGGGCUGCAGGCCGGGGCCGCGCGGGCGCUCUCGCUGCCCAGGGACCCUGGCUCUCCGCUGCUGAGGCCUUCCAGAGUCACUGUAUUUUGAUUCUUGAUUUUUUAAAGCUUCCGAUUCAUCUUUCCUACUUCCAAGAAAAAAAAUGAUAAUAAAAAAAAAAUCACCUUGUUCUAAACCAAAACAGU